UAACUUUGUUUCUUAGGUUUGUUAAAGUUCCAAUUUUUCUUCAUUUUUUGCUUGAAUUUGUAAGUAAUUACUCUAUAUAGUUUAUUUAAUCCGUGGAAUUUCUAUGCUUUUUUAUUAUCAGGAAUCAGAAUAGUUUGUUUGUUUGAAUUAUAUUUCUGGUUAAGUUCUGCUGUUUUCUGUUAUAAUUUUGUAAUCCGAAGAAUUUGUUUUUAUUAUCAGGAUCAAUUGAUUUAUGCCCAAAAAAAAAAAAAAAAAAAAAAAGAAAAAAGAAAAAAAGGACCUUAGUGAGGAUUUCAUGGAGAUAGUUUAUAUUCCAUAUUUCUUCAAUUUGUUUAUGAAAUUACCAUGUAAAUUAUGGUAAUUUAUGAUGAAAGCAAAUACUAGAAUUGUGAUAAAUUAACAGGUUCUUAAAUUUUUAGGUGUGAUGAUACAAAUUUUAUGCUACAUAUGUAUCUUGAAUUCCAUGGAUUUUUGUUCAAACUCUGUACUAUGAUUAAAUUGUUUGGUUUAAGAGAAUUUAGCAGGUGGGGUGAAGGUUUUAUCACUCAGAUUAUGACUGUCUGCCCUAAAUUAGCUGUUUGAUUAACAAACCAAGUUGUAAGCUGUUGAUUAGUUCAGUCUAGAUUCUUAGCAUCUGGGGUGUUAUGGUGUUGAUGCAAUUCUUGAGGAUUAAUAGAAGAUGGGAAUAUUCUUGAUGGCUUGUUUGAGGCUGGAAGCAUCCGAGAUUGGAUUGCCUAUUGGCGAAAAGAUUAGUGGGAAUCUUAGACUAGUACUCUUUAAAAAGAGUGGUGGAGCUGAUACAGAAUGUUAGUAUGUUACCCUUCGUACAAUAGAUUAAUCUUAUCAAAAUAAAAAAGAAAUGGGCUCGUUGGGAAGGAGGAGUGUUCUUAAGUGCAUUUAUAAAUAUUAUGCAUGACUUAACGGAUGAAUUUACUAAGUUGUGCACUCUUUGUUUAAAAAGUAAUGUACAUUUAAAGAUAUUGAAGUUGUUCAUUAGAUUAUGACCAGCUAUAGGGGUAUAAUCAGAAGUGUACAAUAAAUCAGUUAAGAAACUUGAGGAAAUUUGCAGGAAAUAGUUAGAGAAACAGGAAUCAGGAAGCCUAUAUAAGUAGAGGAGGAUAUCAGGAAACAUGAUUGUGGAAGAUAACAAUAUUGCGUCAUCAACUCUUCUAAAAGAUAACAAUAUUUGCAUCAUCGACAUAUCUGUAUAGAUUAACGGAUAUAGAGUAUGAAAAUGUUGUCCUCAAACAUACAAGUACUAAGUUCACAUUUUAAUGAUUACUUCGUAGUUGUAUUACAUUUAUAAGUUAUUAUUGAGUACAGAAUAUUUUACGGAGUACAUUGAGAGCACUUAGUGUUAGGUGCAUAGUGCAACAAAUGUUUCUAGUACAGAGUUCAUCAGGAGGACUAUAUAACUAUAUAAGUAGAGGAGGGAAUCAGGGUAUGAAGAGAAGGUAUUAUGAAGAAUUAAGAAGUUUUUUUAGCUUUGGGAGAGCCUCAAGUCUCUCAAAUACUUGGCGUUUAUCUUCAAUUAAAUGUAAUACCAGGAACCUGAUGACUUAUGACAGGGAAACUGCAAAUUCAUAUGAAAAUCCACUUGGAAAGCUGCCUGAUCAUUUGCUAGUUGAGAUAUUUAUUCGAGUUCCUGUCACUGACUGGGCUAAAAUAUCCUGUGUCAAGAAACAAUGGGCGAAAUUGUUUGAAGGAGAGUGUCUAUGGCAAGCUGCUCUAAUAAAGACAUAUCCUUUUGCUGAUCUGGCAAAAAGGUGGCCUGGACCAAUUCCUCGAGGAUUAAGUAAAAGGAGGUUCACAGCUUUGUAUGUCAGUAGACACAUCUUUGCCCUAGGUGAUGAGAUGGAUGAGAUUGUUGGUCAUACAUACCUUUUUCUGAAAGAACAACUUGAGAUUUCUUCCAUGCCAGCCCCUUCUACAAUACUUCACGGGACAAUAAUAGAUCAGUUCAUAUCAUGUGGGAAUCCAAGAGAAAGAGCUCAUGAGCUUGCUUCUUUAAUCUGGCUUGCUGUCAUUGACAAUUUAGAGGAAGACGAGAGGACGUUCCAUGUACUUAAGCGUUUGGCUCUGGAGGGAAAUGUGUUUCUUCCAUUUCCAUAUUCAAGAUCAAACAAAGUGCUGUGGAACAUAUUUGAGAAGCUUUUCACAGAUUUUCGUGACUGCUUGAAUCAUGCCGACUACUAUGAUCUCCUGGGAAGUGCUAAGUCUAGAUUUCAGCCAAUACCAUCUACUUGGUUAGGUUACUAAUCUUUGUCUCACCUUUGCAACCACACUUUCACUUAAUUAGAACUUAUUAAGUGUACUUGGAAAAGCAAAUACAAUAGUAUCUAAGUGGUUACUCAUCUGAUGCGGUGUAUAUCAAUAGGCAUACAGUUAACAAAAAAAGAAGACAAAAAGAAUCGGUCAGUGUAAAUUGAGUAUGGUAGUAUAUACCCAGUGUGUAGAUGUAGCAAUCACCAAAGCAACUCAAUAAUGGCGUAGAAACUCAAACGCUACGUGACUGGUGUCUAUAAAUGUCGGCGUACAGUAAAAAAACAUGUAAUGAAGUAAUGGUGAGCCCAUUGCAAGUGGUAAAUACUGAACAGAUUAUAAAAUUUUGUUCAUUAUUAGAUUUGCUACUUUGAGUGGGUUGACACAUGAAUGUUAUUGUGUGUUUCUGAUUUAUUUGAGAACAUCUUUGGAUUGUACUA